UGUCUUAUCUGAUCAUUAUAUCAUUCUUAUAGGAUUAUGAUCCACGGUUUUAAUGGUUACUAUCUGGGUGAAGAGAAUACACUUCUAAGAGAAGCACUUUUGUUAAAUGGAGAUAAGAGAGAAUUCAAUUUUAUAUCUGUCGAUUGGAGUGUUUGGAGUGAAACCAUUAACUACAUAUCGGCUAAGAAUAAAUGCUCAAAAACUGGCCAACUUGUUGCUGAGUUUAUAGAUUGGUUGCAUAAGAGUGCUAAUCUUUCAUUCGAUACGCUAGCUCUGUAUGGUCACAGUUUAGGAGCACAUAUUGCUGGAUUUGCUGGCAAAAAUGUUAAAGGUGGACAAAUUGAUACAAUUAUUGGCUUAGAUCCAGCAAUGCCAUUGUUUAGUGUGAAGAAAACUGAUAAACGUUUAGCAGAUAGUGAUGCCAAAUAUGUUGAAACUAUUCAUACAAAUGGUGGACUUUUGGGAUUUUAUAAUCCAAUUGGAAGGACAUCAUUCUAUCCGAAUGGUGGGAAAGUUCAACCAGGAUGUGAAAGUGAUAUAACUGGAAUUUGUUCGCAUAUCAGGAGUGCAUAUUAUUUGGCAGAAGCUUUGAAGUUUCCCAAUAGAAAUGGACUACGUGGAAUUAGAUGUAGAGAUUUUGAAAGUUUGCAAAAUGGUAAUUGUAAUCAGUAUGCUUUGAGAUCUAAUUUAGGUGAUCCACAAAAUGCUGGACAUUCGUUUGGGAUAUUUUAUUUGGAAACUAAUAGUGAAUCACCAUUUGGAAUUUAUAACUAA